CGUAGCAUUAGCAGACAGGUUAUAUUCAAUUGCGUAAAAUCUAAAUUACCUAUUUUAAUUUUUUUUAAAAGAAACUUGAGUUACGUAAUGUUUUAUUUUUAACGAUAGCCGCAUGUGCUCCUGAAACUAUGCGCGUGAGUGUGUAAAGGAAUGUAGUGGGGACGUGCGCACACAGGUAGAGAUAUAUUCUGUUACUGUUAGCAGACUUGAGACGGGUUACUUCCCCUCUUCCCUUUGCCUUGACAUCAUAUAAAAGUGUAAAAAGGCAAGCUACCCGCCUGUAGACGUUUUACCGUUUCCAUUUUGUUCUUGGUCAACUCCGAGCUGCUGGUGACCCCACCAAAGAUGUAUAAUCCUGAACUGAAAGUGAUCCCAGCCACAAAGUCUAGCCCUGAGCUGCUGGUGACCCCACCAAAGAUGUCUAAUCCUGAACUGAAAGUGACCCCAGCCACAAAGUCUAGCUCUGAGUUGCUUGUGACCCCAUACGUCGAUUGUUUACAAUCUACUCCCACAGAGGCACUCACCACGCAAUCACAGAAGGGUGGUGCUUCAUGUACCUCUAUCUCAGCGUCGGACCUUUCGAACGGUAACGUAGCGGCCGAGGUGGGAAAACAGAGUUUAACCCUGCUGGAAGUACCGGUACCUGGCAUCAACAUCUCUACAAGCAGCGAAGACGAGGAGGAAAUAACAGAAACCAAAAUUAUUGGCGUCACUGAGACUGGAGUGAUUCGAAAGAGAAGUUUUAAGCGCAAGUUAACGCUGGAAGAAAAGCUGAAGAGACAAUUCGGCAACGACAAAGUGGACUAUGAAAAGAUCUAUGACAGUGUUCUCACCGACCGUUUCAUUGUCGGUGCUGUGGAGAUGUUGCAGGAGAGAUGGAAAAUGCUGCGUAUGAUGCAUGACGACUGCCAGGAAAUGAUGUCCCACUGGGAGAGAAGAUGUCAGGAGAAGAGACAUGCUCACCAAGUGAAGAGGGACGUUGAUACAAUCAUAGCUGUAGCCAUUCUCUCCUUUCUGCUUCUAUUUCUGGCAUUUAUAAUUCAUCUCGUUUUAUGGUGACCGGGUAUUGUACCGAUUCACCAAGAGUGAAGCUAACCAUUUGGUGCCACUAGAAAUGAGUGGUGUGGCCUUCACAUUGGGAUCAGCUCUGAAAUGUAUUCUUCAGUUUUCCACAAGGACAGAUGAUGAUUCGGCUAAUUAGCCUAUUCGGUGAGACAGCCAAGGACAGGGUUACAUCUGUAGAGAGCCUUUACAUCUCGAUCUGCCUUAGCUAUGUACUUCUAGGGGGCCAUCAAAGUCAAAGGCAUUGAGAGCUGUGAGCAAUAAAUGUAUUCUCUUUGUUAAAUAACACAUUCUCCUCACAUACCAUCAGAUUAAGACAUUUCUGUAUGACAGUAUUGAUGUUAACUAAUUGACUAAACACUUGAUUAAAAAAAAAAAAUUCUCUUCUUUAUUUGUAUUUGUAUGAUGUUUAAGUUGCAGAGUCACAGGAACUCACUCUUCUUGUUACUUCUGCAUUCUAUUUGUUCUUUUUCUCUUGAUCAGUAAAAAUAAAAACCAUUCUGCCCUUGGAUAAAUGCCCAGGGAUCAUUGAGUAUUUUAUAGAGAGUUCAGGGAUG